GAGGGACCUUUAGCUGCCCUUGAAAUCGAUUGAGUGUUUCAUUAUACCUACGCUAAAUACAAGGUUGUUUUUACGAUUUUGACUUAUUACCAUAUUUUAAAUCAUUCUUAAAGUAAUACUCACAAGAAUAGUUGUCUUGAAUUUUUCUACUACUCCAAAUUAAAAAUAUUUUUUAUUAUUUUACAAACAAAGAAUUUUUAAACUAAAUCAUAUUUAAGACUGUGUUAUGAAAACUUUUUCAUUUCUGCACCUUAAUUUCCAUAAUAGUUUUAAACAAUAUAAUUUAGCACUUUCGGAGAGAAAAUUCAGUUCCUGGAGAAUGGACAUAUUUAACUAAGCUUUCGUUUAGAAUAUUUAGCAAUAUGGAAGAAAUUCAGCCUGAGCUAAAUUCAUCCUUAACCUCCUUCUUAAACUUUUGGAAUUUCUUAAUUUUGUUAUUAAUCUGCUGAAGAGUUGGAACAGAAGCUGCAUUCAUGAACUUCGAUGCAUUUACAUCUGUAUUACUUCUGAAUUUUUAAUUCUCGAUAAAUAUUUUAAAUAAACGCUUGCUUAUCACCGUUAGUGAUAACUAUCACAUGCUUUUUUUUCAGUUAAGUCGUGGACAUAGGCAUCAUUUAUUAAAUGGAUAUAAUUUUUAGUUAAUAUUCAGUAUUUUUAUGUAUUUCCUUAUACACGUCUUUUCAAUAGUUAAUAGCAAUGUAAGUUCCUAUAUUAUUUUUUCUCUUCUUUCUUCUUCGUGCGAAGCAUUUUAUAUAAGUAAAUUCUAGUGAAAUCAAUAAAUUUAGGAAUAUUCCAAUAAUAAAAUUAUAAUUAUUCAGAGAAACUCGAGAAAGCCAUGAAUAGUAGUAUUAUAAUCACAUAUAUUAAGUUAUUUUCUAAGUCCGCAAACAGUUACAUAAUUAUUACAUGGUUGAAUCUAAUCAGGUCCAUAACAGAAUUGGAAUUUAAAAUAACUACAAUAGUGUGAAAUCAUAUUCAGACACGAGGUUUAUCAUAAUUUAUAAGAGAACAACAAGAAAAAAUACGAGCAGAAUGUUAUGCUCAUGUGGCACAGAUAGCUCUUUUCUUUUUCCAAGGCGGCAGUGUGUCGGAAGUUUUUAAUUCAGUUUCGAAGUGUAAUAUAAGUAAUGUGCGUUGUGAAGAAUAUCGUGAAGUAAGAUCAAGUUUGUUCCUCCUCAUAUUUAGCAAUGUUAUCUGUUUCUGGGUUAUUUCCCCUCUCAUUAAAAAAUAUUUGCUAAUAUAAAUUUAAAAACUACAUUUCUUUGCAGGAUAUAGAAAAUCUCGUCAUUGAUGCUGCCGUACAAGCUUUGGUAAAUUACAACACUGAAGCUAUUAAAGGCAUUCUAAGACAGUGCUCCCAUGCAAAUUAUGAUGUUCCCAAACGGUUCCGGUUCCCUACGGUGGAAGAUUGUAUUUUUCGAAUACCUGCUAUGUGUCUGCUCCCGGAAAUGGAUGUUGCUGUACCAGUUUCAGGAAUAUCCAGUCUUGUUUCUGAGAUGUUAAAGACUGACGCCGUCUUAAGCAAUAUUCUGCUUCAUGUGGCGAUCCAUUUGCCGGAUUAUGAGUUAGCUAGACUUCUUUUAGAAAAGGGAGCUAACAUUAACAGCACUGACAGAAGACUGACAGCUCUGCAUAAAGCGGUCUGUAAAUCAGAUUAUGAGUUAACUGGAUUACUUCUAGAUAAGGGAGCUGAUGUUAACAGGAAAGGCACGCAUGGGAAAACAGCUCUGCAUUUCGCUUGUGAAAGAGCGAAACAUUCAGCAGUCAAUAAUUCAAAUUACGAGUUAAUUAGAUUGCUUCUAGAAAAGGGAGCUGAUGUUACCAGGAUAGAUAUACAUAGAGAAACAGCUCUGCAUGUCGCUUGUCAAAAAGAAUCUUCAGCAAUUAUAAAGUUAUUAACUGAAAAAUCGCCGGCAAAGUUUCUUAAUCUUGUUGGUUAUGGUGGCUGUACUCCGUUCGACUAUGCUUGUAGAAGACACAGUCCAGAAGUUCUUCAAUUCCUCUUGUUACAAGGCAGUAGUGUGGUUUCAAACAACUCCUUUCGAGAUGGACCUCUAAUGAAUGCUGUAUCCUACAAUAAGGCAGAAUAUGUGACUCCAAUUGCAUCUAUGCUUUUAGAGGCUGGUGCGAAAAUUCACCACCAGUUACUGGUAACUGCUGUUAAAAGGGCUAUCACGGAAGGGGAAGCUGCAGCAAAUUCCCCAUUUCUAGAUUUGUGUACCCUGCUGAUACACCGUGGAUGCGACCUCAAUGCUGUUGACUACGAAGGUCGGACUGCUCUGCACAUUGCAGUUAGGAAAAACCACGAAAUACUUGUUCGAAAAUUUCUUAUUUCGGGAAAUAACAUCGAAAUCGACAAACGUGACAGAGAAGGCUUUACUCCAUUGCGCUAUGCAUGUGAAUACGGAUACAGGAGACUAGUGAAUUUACUCAUAAUUGCAGGUGCUAGUUUACGGGGACAGGACUGGGAAACUGCCUUCGAACAUUGGAGAAGUUACAAAAUGUUAAAAGAGGAAAAGAAAAAACUAUACAAUUAUGUUAUUGAUAUUUCAAAGCAAUGUCUUUCAUUAGAAAAUCUGUGUUAUAUGACUAUAAGAAAAAACAUCAGAAAUGUCGAAAAAGAUGCUAUUAAACUCAGAUUACCUCCAUUACUUGUAGAACGCCUAAAAUUUAAAUUGUAAUAGAAAUAUGUAGUCUGGUUUAUUGGUAUAUGCAUACAAAGAAUGUUCAUAAAAUCGGACAUGCUGCAUCAUUUCUAAUUAUAUGUAAAUUUGGUAGCUCAAAAAUUUAAUAAAACAGUUAGGAAAAUAA